UCUCCUCCUUCCUCCCUUCUCCAGCGUCCGAUCCCCUUUUCACCUCUCUCCAGCCCUCCCCCAAAUCCCAUCCCAUCUCUCUCUCUCCUCCCCCGCUGCGCGCGCGCGAAAUACAAAUCUCCCCAGCCAAUCCAAACGCUCUGAUUUCAGGUUUUUGCGGCCGAUGGCGGAGGCACCGGCGAGCCCCGUCGGCGGUGGCGGAAGCCACGAGAGCGGCGGCGAACAGAGCCCCCGAUCCACCGUCCGCGAGCAAGAUCGCUUCCUCCCCAUCGCCAACAUCAGCCGCAUCAUGAAGAAGGCCCUCCCCGCCAACGCCAAGAUCGCCAAGGACGCCAAGGAGACCGUCCAGGAGUGCGUCUCCGAGUUCAUCAGCUUCAUUACCAGCGAAGCGAGCGAUAAGUGCCAGAGGGAGAAGAGGAAGACGAUAAAUGGAGAUGAUUUGCUCUGGGCGAUGGCCACGUUGGGAUUCGAAGAUUACAUUGAACCGCUGAAGUUGUACCUACAGAAAUACAGAGAGAUGGAGGGUGAUAGUAAGGUAUCCGCAAAAGGUGGAGACAACUCUGCUAGGAAAGAUGCAGCAGGUCCUCAACCUGGUCCAAGUACCCAGGGGGUAUCACAGAUGGGUCAACAAGGAUCUUUUACUCAAGGAAUGAAUUAUAUGCAACCUCAGUUCCAUAAUGGGGAUAUUUCAAGCUGAAUGGUUAUUGGCCUAUUUCUGCUAGCUGUUCUCUAUUUCAGUAACUGGCAAGGAAUCAAAGUCUUCAUGGAAAGAACUGGCCUGUUGGGUCUACAGGCUAUUUCGCUGUUGAAACCAAUGAUAGAUCGCCUGAAGCAUACUAGUACCAUCUUCUUUUGGUUUGUAAAUUAAUUUGAAUAAAAUAAUCUAGACUUUGGGUGUUCAGAAACAUGCUCCAUGUCUUUCUUCUAUGUUGUGCACAUAUGGAUGUCAUAUUUACUGUUUGUUGGUUUCCUUUAGCUAACUUGAAAUGUUUUAUGGUCAUAUUGUUUCAGUCAAUAUUACUGUCUCUGUGCAGAAGCUGAGAGAGGGUGUUGCUUCUGUAACUCAUCCUUCAACGGAUUUAAGUAGUCUGAACUCUGUGAAAUAAGUGCUGCCACCAUCACAAACAAUAGACAAUGACUUCGGAUGAUACUCUUAAACAAAAUGGAGGCUGCUGGUCCUUUAUUAUUUUUGGAUCGGAACAUUUUGGCUAA